UGUAAGAGAGUUCAAAUUUGCCCAGACCAUGAUCUUUGCAAUCGAGGAAAUAAAUCAAGAUCCUGCAAUUCUCCCGGAUCAUACACUGGGCUACAAAAUAUACAAUUCCUGUGGAAUGACAAACAUUAUCAAGUCCGCUGUAGAUUCAACCACUGGGCAGAGGGAGAUCAUAGACGAGUGGAACUGUACCACGGCUGACACUACCCUGGCUGUACUGGGCCACUCGGCCUCUGCACCCACGGUGGGAUUCGCUCGGAUUAUAGGAAGAUUUCAGAUUCCAGUGAUCAGCCACUUUGCAACCUGUGCAUGUCUGAGCAACAGGGAGGAAUUCCCAUCCUUCUUCCGAACCAUUCCGAGUGACCUCCACCAGAGCAGAGCCUUGGCAAAGCUGGUCCGGCUCUUUGGCUGGACCUGGGUGGGGGCAAUAAGUAAUAAAAAUGACUAUGGUAUCAACGGCAUCGCUACAUUUACGCAAGCUGCACGAGAAGAGGGGGUAUGCAUCGAAUAUUACCAGGCAUUCGAGCAAACAGGUCCUGUCCGUGAGUUAAGCAAAGUAGUAGAAACUGUGAGGUACUCCACCUCUAAAGUCAUCGUGGCCUUCAUGUCCCACAGAGAGGUUAAAGUGCUGGCAACAGAGCUGUACAAACAGAACAUUACAGGACUGCAGUGGGUUGGCAGCGAUGCCUGGAUCACAGAUCACUCUCUGACCGACAGUGAGGGACACAGCAUCCUUGUGGGCUCUCUGGGCUUCGUCGUCAGCCGAGCUCAGAUCCCAGGACUGGAGGAGCACCUGAGGCGGGUCCACCCCUCCCAGUUCCCUCACAGUCAGUUUGUCAGAGACUUCUGGGAAGACUCCUUUGGCUGCUCUCUGAGUGACAACACUAGCACUCAAAGAAAGCCAUGCAGCGGUUAUGAGAGCUUGCAGAAUGCCAAAUCAUAUUUCACAGAUGUUUCAGAGCUGAGAUUCACAAACAAUGUGUACAAGUCCGUUUAUGCAGUGGCUAAUGCUCUUCAUGACAUGGUCAUGUGUGAAGAGAAGAGGGGCCCUUUCUAUAAUGGGAGCUGUGCUGACCCCAAACACAUUCAACCAUGGCAGGUGCUACAUUAUUUACAGAAUAUCAACUUCACAACAAGUCAGGGGGAGAGAGUGACUUUUGACCAGAAUGGAGACCCACAAGCAAGAUAUGAGCUCAUAAAUUUGCAGCAUGUAUCUUCAGGGACCAUGCAUGUUGCCACAGUCGGUGUUUUUGACGCCACUCUGCCCCGCGAGCGUCAAUUUACAUUGAAUGACAUGAAGAUAGUUUGGAGUGGAGGAAGUCAUACGGUGCCGGUGUCAGUGUGCAGCGAGAGCUGCCCUCCAGGAAAACGCAAAGUCCUGCAGAAGGGAAGACCUGUUUGCUGUUACGAUUGCAUACCAUGUGCAGAAGGAGAAAUCAGCAACAUUACAGACUCUGUGGAGUGCUUCAAAUGUCCUACUGAUUACUGGCCGAACACCAGAGGAGACACGUGCAUCUUGAAGGAAAUUGAAUUUCUGUCCUAUGCUGAGUUGAUGGGGAUGAUUUUAACAUUCUUUUGUUUGCUGGGAGCAAUUUUGACAAGUAUGAUAGCAUUAGUGUUCUUUCACUCCCGGGAAACUCCCAUUGUCAGGGCCAACAACUCUGAGCUGAGCUUCCUGCUGCUCUUCUCCUUGACUCUGUGUUUCCUGUGCUCUCUGACCUUCAUCGGCCGACCGUCUGAGUGGUCCUGCAUGCUGCGACACACUGCAUUCGGCAUCACCUUUGUCCUCUGUAUCUCAUGUGUUCUGGGGAAAACUAUAGUGGUAUUAAUGGCCUUUAAAGCUACACUUCCAGGCAGAAAUGUUAUGAAAUGGUUUGGACCUGCACAACAGAGACUCAGUGUUCUAGCGUUCACCCUCAUACAGAUUGUAAUUUGCAUACUUUGGCUGACAAUCAAUCCUCCUUUUCCCUUCAAAAAUAUGAACCACUAUAAGGAUAAAAUCAUACUGGAGUGUGCCCUGGGAUCACCUAUAGGCUUCUGGGCUGUGUUAGGAUACAUAGGACUCUUAGCUAUGUUAUGUUUUGUACUCGCUUUUCUGGCGCGGAAGUUACCUGAUAAUUUCAAUGAAGCCAAAUUUAUCACUUUCAGCAUGUUGAUAUUCUGCGCAGUCUGGAUCACUUUUGUCCCAGCUUACGUCAGCUCCCCUGGGAAGUUCACUGUGGCUGUGGAGAUAUUUGCUAUUCUAGCCUCCAGUUAUGGACUUCUUUUCUGCAUUUUCAUCCCCAAAUGUUAUGUAAUCUUAUUGAAACCAGAACAAAAUACCAAAAAGCAUAUAAUGGGAAAAACAAAGGAUAUUCAAUAUUGAUUUCACAUUGUUGUCAUUCAUUUCUUUUUAAAAUGUUCUAAUUUUCAAAUUAUUUUCUCAUUUUAAUUAAUCGCCCGCUGCUAUCAAAGUUCUACAAUUAAAUCUUCCCUCAAUAAUGUAAAGGAACCAAGCGUUUUUCCUGAAAUACUAGCAAAGAUGUCAUCCAUUGUGUAUAGUAAAUAAUAAAUAAUCUUUGUGAAUUCUGUUAUGUUAAGAAAUGUUGAGCAAUUUCCCUUCUUGUUAAAUUACUCCUUCAGGAGAACAAACACAAUAUACUGUAAUGUCAACAAAACUGCUCCUGAAUGGAAGUUUUUACAUUAACACUUCACAUAAUUUGGGUUUUUUAAUCAAAUCUUGAAUCAGACUCUUGAGAUUUAUUCUAAAAGACCAUGUUUUCUGUAUCUUUCACAGAUCAUCUCUGACACACAUUGAUUUAUUUCUGCUGUCAUAAUUCUUACCCUAGAAGGCUUGUGGAUUAUUGAGUAACAUUUCCUUGGCAUU